CAGACCCAAGUGAGGGGAGAUGCACCUGCACACACUCCCACAUCCUUGCCCAGAGCUGCCGGGCUGUCCCCUCCCCAUUGCCGUCCCCUGAGGCCCCCGCACUCUAAGCGCUUGCACUGAGGGGACCUUUCUGGGCGGACCAGAGGAAAGGUGGGAUCGGCUCAGUGGCCAUGGGCAAGCAGAACAGCAAGCUGCGGCCGGAGAUGCUGCAGGACCUGCGGGAGAACACAGAGUUCUCGGAGCUGGAGCUGCAGGAGUGGUACAAGGGCUUCCUCAAGGACUGCCCCACAGGCAUCCUCAACGUGGACGAGUUCAAGAAGAUCUACGCCAACUUCUUCCCCUAUGGUGACGCCUCCAAGUUUGCUGAGCACGUCUUCCGCACCUUCGACACCAACAGUGAUGGCACCAUCGACUUCCGGGAGUUCAUCAUCGCGCUGAGUGUGACCUCACGCGGCCGCCUGGAGCAGAAGCUCAUGUGGGCCUUCAGCAUGUAUGACCUGGAUGGCAACGGCUACAUCAGCCGCGAGGAGAUGCUCGAGAUUGUGCAGGCCAUUUAUAAAAUGGUUUCGUCGGUGAUGAAGAUGCCGGAGGACGAGUCGACCCCGGAAAAGAGGACUGAGAAAAUCUUCCGCCAAAUGGACACGAACAACGACGGCAAGCUGUCCCUGGAGGAGUUCAUCCGCGGAGCCAAAAGCGACCCGUCCAUCGUGCGUCUGCUGCAGUGCGACCCCAGCAGCACCUCCCAGUUCUGAGCGAGGAGUCAGGUUCCCCCUCCUCCCUACCCUCACUGGCCCUCUCCCGGCUCUCGGCUUCCUCCCCCUUGUGUCCAUCCAGGCUGGGAGGCAGUUGGGCCUCCCCCCAGGGUCUGCACUCUGCGGGGAGCCUACGGAAAAGGGACCCCUGCAGUCCCCCCAAGGCCCAAGCACGCGGUUAGUACCCCCAAUCCCAGAGGCAGUAUCUCCCUUCGGCAAUGAGAGGGAGACACAGGCUCCGAGUCAGUCUUCCCCUUCCUAGAUACCGGAAUUUCAGUCAUGCUACCUCCCCACAGCACGCGCAGCCAAGAGGUCAGACUUCCCUCCCCCAACCCCGGCAAGCCCCCCACCCUUGUAGACCUCAGCCUGGGUGCAGAGGGGAGGGGAGAUUUGAAGCCCACCUGAGGAGAGGUCUUUUUAUUUGGCGGGGAGAGAAGAAUGUGGGGCAGGAGGGGUAAGGAAAAAGCUUGAGUCACCCUUUCCUGCAGGAGGGCUCGACCCUUCCUGCUCUGCUUUUGUUGGCCAGGUCAAGCUGCCAAUGGAAAACCUCCCAAUUCCAGCACCCAGCCCUGAGUCCCGCAAACCCUGGCCUGCCUUUCAGCACUUGGAUGAACACAGACCCAUGGACCCCUCUGUGCAGUUUGCUUCCUCAGACACACACACACACACACACACACACACACACACACACAGAUAUGAGGGCAGACACACGCUGGAGCCCUGCCCCUCUCCCCGGACACUGCAUCCUGCGUGGGAAAGAAGCACAGGCCCCCUGGCCGAGUCCCUCCUCCGCUGCAUGCAUCCUUGUGGAGCAUCUCUGUUCUUUUUAAUAACUUCAGAAUAA